GUUCUUUUGCGAGUUUACUUCAAUCCUGAGACAGAGAAUCAUCUGGUGGCCGAAUCGGUGAUUUUUACCCUUUUGUCGGAGCGUCAUCUAGGUCCGAAACUUUACGGCAUCUUCAGCGGAGGUCGAUUGGAAGAAUAUAUUCCGGUACGAAAUUUUAGGACAUGUGAUUAUACGAAGACCGUUACAGUCUCGACCAUUGACAUGCAGAGAGAUCGCUUUGCCGGUAAUGUCGUCAAAAAUUGCAAAACGUUUGUCGAAGGUCCACCA